AUGGAAGUUACACAAGUUCAUGUGGAUUACUUUAGGACAGAAGAGGACCAUUCAACAAUGGAUAAUAGGACUACAGGUACCAGUGGGUCUGUUAUUUCCCUGCAUGCUGGUACUUGUGGUUAUCCAAACAGUGAAAGUUGCCAGAAAUGUCCUGAUGAUAAAUGGCCAAAUAUGGAAAAAGAUGCUUGUAUUCCCAGAAUAAUUGAAUUUCUCUCAUACAAGGACACAACUGCUUCUUUGUUGUCUGCAAUAUCUGUAUUAUUUAUUAUUUUAACUGCCUCCAUAAUCAGAUUGUUUAUUUACUUCUUGGACACUCCCAUAGUAAAAGCCAAUAAUAGAAACCUUAGCUUUAUUCUUCUCAUCUCCCUCAAGCUGAGCCUACUCUGUGUGAAUCUGUUCAUCGGCCGUCCAGUAGAUAUCACCUGCAUGCUACGCCAAAUAUCCUUUGGAAUAAAUUUCACUGUGGCUGUAUCUUCUGUCCUUGCCAAGACUGUCAUGGUUUACAUUGCAUUCAAAGCCACCAGACCUGGAAGCUCUUGGAGAAAAUGGUUGGGUGUUCAAUUGCCAAAUUCUGUAGUGUUUAUCUGCUCAUCUGUUCAAGUUCUCACCAGUGCUAUUUGGUUGUUAUUUUUUCCUCCUUUUGCAGAGUAUGACAUAAACACAUAUCCUGGUGUGAUCAUCAUUCAGUGUAAUGAAGGUUCUAUUCUUGCAUUUUAUGUCAUGUUGGGUUACAUGGGGUUACUUGCAGCUCUGUGUUUUGUUCUGGCUUUCAUGGUGAGGACAUUACCGGACAUCUUCAAUGAAGCCAAAUACAUCUCCUUCAGCAUGGUGGUGUUCUGCAGUGUGUGGAUCUGUGCCAUGCCUGCCUACCUGAGCAGUAAGGGGAAACACAUGGUCAUUGUAGAGAUAUUUGCCAUAUUGGCAUCAG